GGGCUGAUACUCACAUAAAGACUUGGCAAUAGUGGGCUGUCAAGCCCGCUCUACUGGCCGGACCUUAUUCUACUGACCUUCAUGCUGUUUUUGUUUUUUAUUCUUUUAUGUUUUAUUUGUUUUAUUUCUUUGUUUGUUUACGAACACCUGUAGCCUGACGAAGAUCAUAGAGGCUAUAGUCUUUGGCCAAUAAAGCUGAUCCUGAUUCUGACCAAAGAUAGAGCGGAGUCUAGCCUAUCUACAUUCCUUCAGACCAACGAUCCGGAUGCAACUGAUGCAUAAUAAGCCAGUUUGUGAUUGGUUCCUGCAAACCUGGCUAGAGCAGAAGAGAUAAAUCAUCAGGUUUCCAGCCAAGGCGAAAUCCAAUCGCUGGCCAAAAUGGUGUGAAUCCAUUAACAUUAGGCCUAUUUGACUUCAGACUUAUUUUAUGCUAAUUUGUUACCAGGAAAAUCACUGUUACCAGGGGAUUCUUGUUUUCUUUGCUCAUGACUAUCUGGGCUCUUGCACCCUCAGGUGUAUUGUACCUGGUAUGGUGCGUGAAGGUGACACAGUCACAGUCACAGUCACAGAAGAAGGUCCAGUGUUUGUGCAGCCCACAAGACGGCUUUCAUCAGUAUUACAUCUCUCCUCCGAUGACUGAAGUAGUUGAUGAGGCAAAGGAUCACUGCACCACUGCAUGGACCUGCAACAUUACGGAGUGUGCCUUCUAUGACUAUGAAGUACCAGAAAAGGAUGCCAUGAUGUUUGAAGCUCCUGUUGUGAAUGCAUCAUUUGAGACUGUUGUCAUUGAGAGCCAAGUGGAACCUGUUGUAGUCACUGUGGAGUGUCUUCAGGAGGAUUUUAUUGCCAAGAAUCUUCCCUGCCUAUGUAAAAAGUCGUCUUCCUCUCCGCCAUCAAUUCCCACCAAUCAGAAUCACACAGGGGACUCAGAAAGGCAUAGACCACCAACAGAGGCAAUAGAAAAAACACCAGAUACAGAUGUCCUGUUGAAGACCGUACUUCCCUUAGUCGUAUUUGUCAUCGUUACUGUCUUCGGCAGUGUGGCUGUUAUCCACAUCAUGAAACGACGCAGGAGGACCAGGGGAGCUCCAGGGGGACAGCAAAUUGAACUACAAGCUUUUCAUCCUGACGACCAACAACAAAGUUCAGUCCAGUGAUGUUGGAAGUGGGGAUGCGGAGGGUGCGGCCGCACCCCCACCCCCGAACCGCACCAAGACACUUGUUAUUUUCCUUGAAGACUGACCCAUGGAUACACUGAACAGGCAACUGUGUUCUGUUCCUAGAGCAUGCGCUCUCUGAUCUGCAGGGUUAGGACCUCCUCGAGGAGAUUGCUGGUCCGUGGACAAUUUGCUGCACAAUUGAAUGGCUACCCAGACAGAAAAAUGUAUUUGGGCCAGAUUUGUGCCAAGUCUUACUUAGCAUUUUUCCCAGAUCAGACCUAGGUCAGGGUCAUUCUUUCCAACGGCACAAUACUGGAAGAGAUCGGAAUUACGGAUCAGAGACAGAUCUGGGUCAGAACUGGCUAGCCAUUUGCACUCCGUUUGCGCAUCUUUGUCAAGACGCAUUCACUAGCACAGUCAGCUGGUUUUCGCAACUUGUAAACCUCAUCACCAUCACCUCUGUUUUAGUGAGGGUAAAGCAAAGUCGCUUAACCAACAGAUUACUGUAGCUGUGCAGACAGAUUAUAUAAUCAAUAUACAAUAUUAUAUAAUCAAUGCUAACAUCCAGAUUUCUGCAAAGAAAUUGGACUUGAGGCAACAAGUGAGUAGUGCUACUCUGAAUAGUUAAAAAAAAUGCUGAUUUGACUGUCUGAGAAAAAAGGAGUAUCUCUAAAAGACAUGGGACCCAGAAAGAGAAUUAUCACCCCAUUAACGUAUCAUGACUUAAUAGCCAAACAGGCAAGUCCCCCCAGUUGACGGCUGUCUUGGUAGCACACUUUGGGCAGUUAUCGGGCAGCUUUUCCCAAUUCAAGUGAAUGAGGAAGCAAACAGGAAGGGGAAGGAUAUGUGUAGACAAUGGCAUAUUGUUGUUAAUAACUAACCAUGCACUUAUAAGGAGGGUUUUUUUUGUGUCUUCUUGUUACAUUGUAGAUAGCCUCUGACUGUGAUAACAAUGUGAUCAUAGAGUUGUUUACUGUAACAAAAUCCACUGAUGCUGCUCCAACAUGGUUGGCUUGAUGGAGAAAUUGCUGUGUUUCUGUUGCAGGUCAUGUAGGCCUAGUUGUAUAGUGUCAGUACUUGCAAACAAACACACACAUUUUCACAAUCUAUGCUUGACUUUAGGAGGGGCUCAUAUGGUGUUGAACAAUUGCACCAUCAUCAUUAACUUUAGUGCUUUGUAGAGGUAUUAUGGCUGGCCUUCCAUGAUUUUCUCAGUUAUUAAGAUAUUCCACUUAUAGUUAUUAAGUUAUUCCACUUUGAAUCAAGUAAGGUAAGCGUACAAGGGGGAAGGGAAAAGAGGGUUUGUCACAUUUGC